AUGGCACCAGUUAAAGGGUACCCAGUUGUGGUGUGCUGCGCAAAUCUACCUGUUGAGAUUCAAAACGGUGAAGGGCUCGGUGGCAGUCGGGUGGUUCCUGAAGAGGCAUUCGAAGAGGGGAAACUCAGAUAUACUACUCUAAAGCGUGUCAUGUGGCACGAGUCAUUCCUCAAGCUUCUUGUUCACCUUGAUCAGUACUCGAAGACUGGGUAUUCAUAUUCAUGCUAUGACAAGAUCAUGCAUUGGUUGUUUCCUGUUAUACUGAUACUCUCGGGAGACUACGAGGAACAAUGCAUGAUGUCUCUCAUAUGUGGUUUACAGUGCAAGUGCCCUUGCCCAGUCUGUCUUGUCCCUCUUGACGAGCUUCAUGACUUGUCCAAUACCUUCCCAAUCAGGUCUAUGAAAGAUGCGCAGGUUGCGCUCGACAUUUACAGAUGGAACAGAACUGAAGGCGAAGAAGUUCUGAAAGGGUUAGGAUUGCGUCCCAUCGCAAAUGUCCUGUGGCUCAUCGAGAAUUCUGACCCUCAUGAGGCAUUAAGCCUGGACAACUUGCAUACCUUGCAUGGUGGCACAGGGGGGGAACAUUUACUCAGAGAAUUGAAGACGGUCCUCGCUGACCUUGGAUGCGAGGCCCAGGACAAUUUCGAGCAACAGGUUGCUGACUUCCCUCGAUGGCAUGCUCUCACCCAUUUUACCACUGUCAUCCAUAUCACCUUUAGCGAUGGCAACAAGAGGCGGGACUUAGUCAAGCAAGCAUUUUAUGCGGCGCUCAGUGUCUUAAAUGCCAAGUCAGUCCAGAAGGCUACCACCUUCUUCGAGUCAUUCGCAGUUACCUGCGAGCGGACACUUGCAAUGAUAGACACUGAAUUCCUCAUCUAUGAUACUGCACUCAAGGACUACAUUGAAUAUGCCACUAUGACAUCAUCCAUUGAGGGCAUCAAGACAGACUGGAACUUUCCAAAGACGCAUCUUUGGAAACACGCACAACACGACAUUAAUCGAAAGGUGUGGCACUCGAAUGGAAAAGACGUUGCUAAACAGAUCCUUCGUAUUGAUCAUCAUAAAUGUGCAGCCCUGCUGUUGCGAGGAUGUCUGGAUACCCUCGACGAACAAUGCCGCCUACAGGCUUUAGGUGAUGCUGGGCUUGAUGACGAGGACCACAACCACAUCAAUUUGGAUGGGCAUUUCAAGCUCAGCUCUCCUCAAAGCCGUGCUGAUACUAUUCAGGAUAUUGAAAACAGGCUCAGUGCUCAAGAUUCAGUGUUUCAAGGCUUCCACAAGAAACUUGCUAAUUUCAUCAACAUGUCAUUACCUACUUAUGGAUACCAGUUGACGAGAUGGACCAUUAUUCCAACUGAUUUCCAGAUUCAUGAAUACCGCUACCUCAAGCUCAAUUAUGAAAGUACCGUCAACUGGAGACAGUCGACAGAUCACCUCCAAUCCAAUCCUUCUUUCCAUGGGUCUCCACGCUUCGAUUGCGCACUCAUACAGCUUACUGCAGAAAGGACCGUCUUUGUUAAGAUCAUAUUUAUGUUCAAAUGCGAAGUUCCGGAUAUUGGCGCCUUCCAAUUUGCACUUGUUCAGCCUCCUUCAUCUGAGGAGCUGUUUUGGCCUGUGAUCCAGAGCACCAAGACGAGCACGGGCACUGUUGAUGAGCCUUUCAGGGAGUUCGAAGACAUGGUCAAGAUAGAUUUCAUAGGUCACCAAGGACCUUACCCGACUUAUAUCCUUCCCUUAUCCUCAAAGACAACCCCUCCUCCUACCACAAAUCUCUUCCUGCCUCCUCCAGUCACACUGGUGCUGGCGCCCACGCCUUCAUAUGGCCAUCGCUAUCCUUCGCCUCCAAAGCCCACUUUCCCUCCACCAAAUUCUUCCUACAUUAGAGAGGGAGGUCAAUGUGGAUCCGGUAAUGCUUAGGGAGUUCGAAGACAUGGUCAAGAAGGAUUUCGCAGGUCAAGGACCUUACCCGACUUAUAUCUUCUCCUCCUC